AAGAAAUAAUUUUUUUUUAUUUUCUCAUCAUUUUCAACUCUCAGUUUCAGCAGUAUAGGCGGCCAGUGGGCGUGGAAGAAGAUGCUGAGACUGACCCCAACGAUUAUUGUCUCUUUUUCUCAUUAUGGAUUCUCCUGAGCCAACUUCCAAAGCUACCGCCUCUGCGGCGGCCGUCUUAGCUACUCCAACAUCAGCUUCUCCUGUUCAAGAAUCUCCUUUUUCUAAUUUCCUUAGCAACUUAUCCCCUAUAAGGCCUGCCAAAGAACCCCUUGUAUUACAAGGGUUUUUGGGACUUAAUUCUCCUCCACUUGUAUUCACUUCUCCACACAUAAAUGCACUCCGAGAAACAAGUUUCUUAAAAAGGUCUCUGUGUCUUCAGUUACCCAGUGCAGAACUGCCCCCACAUGAUGAUGAAGCCAGAAAGUCUGCUGAUGGUCCUGGUGAUCUGGAGAAAUCAAAUUUGUUAGUGCAUGGUGGGUUGACUGCCGUCACUCAUAAAGACAGUGAUAUAAAGUAUUCUGUGCAGGAACAAUCCAGCAGCCCUUCUGGGUGUGUGGAUGAAUACUUUGCUGAUCACGUGGACGUUGAUUCUACAAACUCUACUUCUGCAGCACAUAAUUCAAAACAGUUGCCCAAUGUGGUUGAAUUAUCACAGAGUGGUACAAGUGACUCAAAGAAGACGAUGUUAACACUUGAUGACAAAUCUUUUAUGAAGAUGAAAGUGGUUGUACCUGAGGCCAUGCCAGCGGAAACUGAACAAAACAUUCAAGGAAAGACCACAUUUGAUAACGAGCCAAGCAAGAUUAAAGAUGAGAAAACACAUGGAGAAAGGGAAUCUAAUGGAGGCUCAAAUAUCGAGUCUAAUUUGUCUUUGGACCAUGCUUCUAGUAAGCAACAAUAUGAAGGCCUAAGCGCUCAGAAUUCAGGGAGUGUCCAUGGGGAUGAAUCCAAUUGGCCCCCACAAUUGCUGCCUGGAAAACUGCAGAUUGUUCAGACAAAUGAACAUUUGGAAGAAAAUUCCGGAGAAAUCCUACAUGGACUCAUUGAUAGUACAGUGCAUGAUCUUGAGGCCAGUCAGAACCAACGUGGCAUGAGUAGGCGUUGCCUUCAAUUUGAAGAAGCUCAACAUAAAGCUGUUGGGAAAAGCACAAAUCCUUUGAAUCAGGCAAAUGAUAUAACUGAAUCAAGAUCACCUGCUACCCCCCAUGAAUCAGAGAGCUUGGAUUUAAGCGCAACUUUCAAUCGGAGGGAGCUGGUUAACUUGCCCCAACCUGUCACUCCUAUGUUUCCUCCUUGUCAUACUGGAAAGUCUCCCUUAACUAUUUCCAAGCCAUCAGGAAUUGGCUUGCAUCUAAACAGCAUUGUCAAUGCUUUGCCUGAGGGUCAUGCUGCCACUGUUGAAUAUGGGAUGGUUGAAAGUAAGACUUUAAUUGCUGUGAGUUCUAUGAUUUCUGAAUCAUUUGACCACACAGGACCUUCGGAUAUGUUGCCUCCGAUUGAUCAUCAUGCAACUCCUCAUACUAAGAGGACAUUUAACUCAGAGCAUACUGACAGUUUUGAGAAGUUCAGUCAAACAAGCCCGAAAAAGAAAAGGAAGAAACCAUUUGGCACCAUUGAUGGUGAAGGUUGCAAACGCUGCAAUUGUAAGAAGACCAAAUGCUUGAAACUUUACUGUGAUUGUUUUGCUGCUGGAAUCUAUUGUGAUGGACCUUGUGCCUGCCAAGGGUGCUUUAACAGACCAGAAUAUGAAGAUACUGUUCUUGAGACAAGGCAGCAAAUUGAAUCCCGUAAUCCAAUAGCUUUUGCUCCCAAGAUUGUGCAGCAUGCUACCAAAUUUCUGGAUGAUGGAAGCCAAAUGACACCAGCCUCAGCUAGGCACAAAAGAGGCUGCAAUUGUAAAAAAUCGAUGUGUCUGAAAAAAUACUGUGAAUGCUAUCAGGCUAACGUUGGAUGCUCAAGUGGAUGUCGAUGUGAGGGUUGCAAAAAUGUAUUUGGAACAAAAGAAGAUUAUGUUGGAAAUGAUGAAAUGGUGAGCAACAGAUUCAACAAAGACAGAUCAGAAGGAACAUUUGAUGACAAAUUAGAAACUAUAACAAACAAGAAUGAUGUCUUAAAUUCUGAGUUGUAUGAUCCCCGCAACCUGACACCAUUGACUCCACCAUUCAAUUGCUCAGACCACGGAAAGGAUGCACCGAAAUCUCGAAUUCUUUCUAGAAGAUACAUUCCAUCACUCAAGUCUGAUGUUACCAUAUUAUCAUCUUUUACAAAAACACCAACAUCUCAGAAAAAUUCAGAUUGUAAUAAUAUGCUUCUGGAAACAAGUAAAGAAAUACUGGAUGUGGGUGCUUGUGGUCAGAGAAUGGAUUACAACAGCAAAGACAUGACAGACCCAUUCUCUUCAAGAUGUGACAAACUUGCUGAUUUUCGUGAUGUCAAUCCACUGCUUGAUUUUUCUUCAAUGGGCAUGGCCUCCUCAACUUCAUGUAAGGCAUCUGACUGGACAAAUGCUUCACGAUUCCAAUUAUGCCCCAGAAGUGGUAACCUCACAUCAGUUAGUUCCCAGCAUUGGCGUAGUUCACCUAUUACCCCAAUGACUCAGUCAAGUGGGACCAAGAAUCACCAGGCGCUUGACUCUGACAGCAGGCUUUGUAGCCUUCUGGAAGAUGAUACACCUGACAUUCUGAAAGAUGCAUCUACUCCCGUUAAAUCAGAUAAAGUAAGUUCCCCCAGUCGCAAGCGAGUUUCACCUCCCCAAGCUCGUGGGCAUGAACUUGGGUCAAGCUCUUCAGGAGCCUUGAAAAGUGGCCGCAAGUUCAUAUUAAAAUCGGUGCCAUCUUUCCCACCUCUGACCCCUUGCAUUGAUACCAAAGGAAGCACCAAUCAGAACAAAAGCGAUUUUCAGGAAAAAGAAAAAAGUAACAGCAACAAAUGAUUGAUGCCCUGGCCAUGCGAGUAUCGUUGGGUUGAUCUUGAGCCCCGGCAGUUAAAACUUUUAGUUGAAGCUAUUGUGGCAAUUUUGGAUAAGAAGACUUCAAAUGAAUUGAUGCUACAGUGGCCACUUGUUCAAAGGAGCAGCACACAGUUCAAGAAUACAUAUUUUCGCUGCAUCUCCGGUUGUAAUCUUGGCUUUUUAUAAUUCACUUUGUAUUACAGUGUUUAAAUGUCAGUAUUCUUUUGUUGAAUUGGAUUCUAUCGUUAAAUUCUAUUGCACGUUUCAUGGUUAGAGGAGACUCUUCUGAGAUUCGAUUCAAAAGGGCAAAUAAAAGCCUCUUACAAAAUCAUGUUGAAACAGUUUUGUAGACUAUAUUGUUUGCGUUUAUAAUAUUAUUCACUUUCUUUUUGUGCCUCA